AUGUUGCAAAUCUCCGUUGGUGAAGUUUCGGGUAUUAUAGCAGCAGCAGUGUUUGCAGUUCAACUCUUCUUAUCCCUGGCCAUCCCUGGAGUACUUAUUGCCUUCAUUUCUGAAGAAAACUCGCUGGUGACAUGGUCUGUUCUUGGCCGUUUUCUGCACUCGUCCUACUGGCCAAGCAUCCUGAGUACUGAUACAGCAGCUACCACUGGAGUUCAAAGACAUGUUAAUACUAUAGGCUGGUUUCAAACAGGGGCUUUGCUAUUGCUCACAAUAGCCUCUGUUGCCACUCCUCUGGGAUUGUACGACUCAAUUGAGCCGUCAAAAUCACAAACCAAGACACUAUUCAGCUAUAUCCCGGAUGAUUCUCCAUUUGGCUACGGAACGCCGCCUCGGUCUGAUACACCUUUCUCUAGAAAUUGCGGUGGUGAUGUUGCUUGCCCUGGUUCUACUCUCAAUCAGACUUGUAACCAGGCAGGAUCAUUGCAAAUUUGUACGUCAGAAUAUAACAGGACUGUACCUGAGACUUUGAGCGCUAUCUACAAGAAUGGGGCAACCAGUUUUAAUCCCUCAGUCUCAAGCAUAUUCGACAUCCAAUGGAGGACGUACAAAAAUGGCACUGACACGUCCGGUGCCGAAGGUUGGUCUCUUCAGUCAGCAUACCGACAGCUCUCUCUCCUUAUCCUCGACGAGGGUGUCAAGCUAGUUGAGGGGCUUUUAGUCGACAUGGAUAGAGGGGGCAUUGGCUUCCGCAACCAUACCGCGCCCCAACAGCCGCCUCCAUAUGGCAGUACCUGGGAUGAAGAUAUCCUGUUCAUCGAGCCAGAGACUCAAUGCGUUAGCUUGAACCUCACAGUUGAUUUCCAACUCCCAAUGGACAACACAGGCUCUGUGAGAAACCUUCGAUUGACAGAUCGUGGUGGAUUUUCUGCCUUGUCUCAUACUGCUCCGAGUCUUGAUAUGCCACCAAAUGGGCAGCUCAAUCUUGAUUUGAAAGAGAGGGCAUACAAGGCAGCUUGGCUUAAUAAUUUCCUGACGCUAAAGUAUUUCAAUGCAACCGAUUCCGAUUUGUCGAACAUAUCGCGCAUAGAUGUGGCAGAGGGAACAGCGUUUCCCAUCACAGCUUUCAGCCAGAGCGCUAGUGUUCAGUUUGGGGAAGAUAUCAUUAGGUCGAACACUGAAUUUGGAGAUUACCUCAACCUCACCAACACUGCUUCCCGCAACCAAUCUAAUGGGUAUGCUAAUCCGUUCGGGAUCAAUGCAAGGAAUUUUUCUGCUAUUACGAACCUUUGCGCCGGAUCUUCAGGUUCAAGUCUUGCAAAUAUCAACAGCAGUAUUGUCGGAUGCUGUCUCUUAUAUGGUGCCGCCAACCGCACCGAUGGAGGCUCUCGCCUUAUUACCGACCCAGGAUCACCGUGGUCGAUUCCGAUUUACAGCUGCGCCUCUACUAUUAAAGCAACCAUUAGGACGGUCACGUUUCAGUACAAUGCCACAGGCAUCGAAGCACUCAAAAUCAAAGCCACGAAACCGAAAACCUACCAAGAUAGCAAAAGCCUUCCUCUCUGGGGUGUCGAAGAUUUGCAAUCCUUGAGGUUGGGAAAUGCGCAACCACUUUGGGGGGUGCUUGGAACCUCCAACUCUACCAAUAUUCCCACAGCUCCAUACAACAUCUCCAAAAUCUCCCAAGAGAGCCUUUACUUGCCAGGUUUUCAGGACCAGUUUUUUAAUGAUGGCCUUCAACCUGUGCCAAUUACCGGACAGAAUCUCCCAGGAGUCGAAUUCUAUUACCAAGCUCUAGCAAGCGCCCUCAGGAUAAACCGACCAGGUGCGGUUGGGUAUCAAGGAUUUGCAGAUUAUUCGGGCAAAACAAGUUUUGCCCUCUAUGCUAAAUGGCAAAACCUAUCAAGUUCUGUAGACUCUACCUCUAAGAUUUUGGAUCUAGUUUGGACAGAUGUUGCAGCAAACGCGGUCGUCGGGACAAAGGGGUGGGGACUGAGCUCUGUCGCCUCUGGCCACUCGAAAACUAUUCUGAAGCGUGCCAGCGAGGGAAAUGGAGAUGAUGCACCGCAGAGUCAAGUUCCGAUUACAAUUUACGAGAAACGCAUUCGGUACCGGAUACUCUAUGCUAUCCCGGCGUUCAUCAUAGCAGCUAUAACUGUUGCUGUCAUAUGCACAGUUUCGGUUCUUGCGAUUAUGGGCAGAACUGGACUAAAGCAGAUGCGGAAGUUCUUGGAUGCAGCGUCGGCAGGGAGGAUCGUGGGACGGUUAUUAUGGCCUGAGAAGGGCACGGGGAAAGGGACCAAAGACUGGAUUGAGGCCGUUGGGACUCGGCGCGUCACAAUUACCAGUACGAGUAUCAGUGCGGAAGGAGAAAGCUUGAUGGAUGGUGCGGAAGAGAUAACGAGUGGACACGGAAAAGACAACUUAAGCGUGAGUGAAGUCGUCGUGGCCAGGCACGCGGGCAGCGAAGUAGAGGGAAUUGAAAUGGAGGAUGUGCGCGAGGCAACUCGCGAAGACCAACAAGGACGCAGGGCGUAG